UGUACAAUAUGUAGAAGACCGGCAGUGGAAAUAGGGGAAAAGGGUACAAAGACUAAAACCCUAAAAAAGGACCCAAAAGUAUUGCCUAUUGCCUUCCUUCUUCUCUGCUUUCCAACUCUCUACACUCUCCAGAUCGCUUUGCCUUAUUUUCUCUUCACUGGGCGAUUACUCUGAACAAUGUCUCGUGUAUAUGUUGGAAACUUGGAUCCACGGGUCACUGAGCGAGAACUUGAGGACGAGUUUCGUGUUUUUGGUGUUAUACGAAGUGUAUGGGUUGCUCGGAGACCUCCAGGCUAUGCAUUUAUUGAUUUUGAUGACACCAGGGACGCAAAAGAUGCAAUCCAUGCCUUAGAUGGUAAAAAUGGCUGGAGAGUUGAGCUUUCACACAAUUCUAGAGGCGGCGGCGGUGGUCGUGGUGGAGGAGGCGGUGGUGGUGGUCGUGGACGAGGUGGUUCUGAUUUGAAAUGCUAUGAGUGUGGUGAGCCUGGUCAUUUUGCUCGUGAAUGUCGUUUACGUGUUGGUGGAGGAGGAGGAGGAGGGGGAAGGCGUCGUAGCCGUAGUCCAAGAUAUAGGAGAAGUCCAAGUUAUGGCAGGAGGAGCUAUAGUCCACGUGGUAGAUCUCCACCUCCACGUCGUCGUAGCCCCUCACCUCGUGGAAGAAGCUACAGCAGGUCACCACCUCCUUACCGUGCUCGUGAGGAGCUGCCUUAUGCUAAUGGAAAUGGUGUCAGGGAGCGACGCAGGAGCAGGAGCUGAUUUGGGUUGUUUACUAUGAUGAUAUGAGAUUAUGUAGUAUGCUUGGACUUCAUUCAACUCUGUUUGAGCUGGGUGCUGCGUGCAGCUGCAAACUUGGAUUUGGUUAAGUUCUUUUCUUACUGUGUUAAUUAGUAAUUAGUGAUUUUUUAUGUUGCGUAUAGUGGCAAUCUAGUUUAAACUUGAGGAUUGGUGGUAGUUACCAUUAACUAUUUGUUCUUAAGUACAUUGCAAGAUAGCUGGCUAAGUUUUGUACUGUUUUUCUUGUAUCGAGGUGUCUUCAUGGUUCUGCUA